UCUGAUAAAGGGUGGGGCUCGCUUUGCAUUUUUCAUGUCUUGAGCUUCUUGGAUGUCAGCAAAGAUAAAAUGGAAGACUCUGAGGUCAGCAUAAGGAUUGAGCUAAAGUCUGGGAGGCGUUUCCCACUAGUUGUGGCCUUCUCUCACUCUGCAACAUGCAGUGACAUACUGGAUACCAUCAAAUCCUGUUUGUUUGAGAUAGACAUGACAAGUUAUGGCAGCCAAUGGAUUUUAAUGGAGUGCUGGCAUGGGAUAAACAAGAGGCUGAAUGGUAGAGAUAACUUUCAAAAUGUGAUGAAUUCAUGGGCUGACUCCACAAGUGUUGCAUUUGUUGCAAGAGAGAAAAGACACCAAAAGAAGCAAGAAAAAAGAAAGAGGAGAUUGUCACAGAAGCAAGCCCUGCCUUCGGGCAAAAGCAUUCAAAGGGAAAUAAAAGAGACAAGGAGAGAGGUGGAUAGAUUGAAUCUACUGCUACUGAAAAGGGACAGACUCAGCUCCGACCCAAUCAGAGAUACUAUUCAAAUGAUGUCAGCUUUGAGUGAUAAAGUGGAUGGUCUUCGAAGUAAAAAGGAACAAUUAGCUAGAGAAGUCUUUAAUAUGAACCAUGAAGCUGCACGGCUCACUGAACAACUAACAUUCCUCAGGAGAAGUUCACAAACAGCCAGUGACUCCCUCACACAAGCCAAAGAAGCCAGAGAGGAGAGGAGGAGAAAAACAGAGAAGGAAACAAGAGAAGGACUGGAAGAGCUAAAUGAAGCCAUUUCUGCUACUCAGUUAGAAUUAGAAAGAAGACAAUUUAUGAGUGAACUGCAAGACAAUAAGAUUUAUAUCCUGCAAGAAGAGAUAUCCAGUUUGCAGAGUAGCCUGAGCCAGAGAGAAAAGGAGAAGGAUAAAAUGAAGCAAUGGGUUGGAAAUGGAACAGUAAAAGAAGUUUUCGCACCACCUGGGAUACCACAAAGCAUACCUGGAGAGAUAAAAAGAGAAAGAGAAGGAGGAGACUCAUUUAAAAGACGAUUUGUUCUACUAAAUAAAAAGACAAAACAACAAGUAGAAGAGGAAGCACGGGCUUUCCGUGAAGCUGCAAUGAAACCUCAAGACGUUGACUCACCAAUGUCACCACAAGCUGACUUUCCAUUUUCCCUUAGUCAAAAGAGACGAAUGUCAAAAGACGAAAAGAAAGAAAAGAAAGGAAUACUAGUGAGAAAUGCAAAGGAGAAGGACGAGAAGAAAGCCUCAGGAAGAGUCUACUUUGAUGCGACAGCACUGCUCCUUAAUGCAGCAGGGGAAGGUGACAUGGAGCUAAUAAAGCAAUGCAUUAGAAAAUUAGGAGGAUGUCAAGUCUUUAGCUCCAAAGGUGCUACUUGCUUGCACAAUGCAGUCUGCUCUGGAAACCUGAGUAUAAUGGAAUACUUUAUCGAGCUCGGAUGUGAUGUGAAUGCUCAAGACUGUGAAGGAUGGACCCCAUUGCAUUGUGCAGCCGGAUUCACUCAUCUACCUGCAAUGCAUCUACUUCUACAAAAUGGAGCGUCCCUUUACCUCCAGACAUCGGAUGAACAGUAUCCAAUAGAUUUAGUCCGAGAGGCAUCAGAAUGUGACAAUGAUGACAUAGAUGCACUUAACUGCUACCAAUACUUGCGGGAUUGCUGGCAAGGACUCGGGAAAAUUAAAGAAAGAAAAGUCUAUGCUCUUUUUAGCUACGUAGCAACAAGCAAUGAAGAGCUAAGCUUCAUGAGUGGAGAGGAAAUGAUUGUAAUGCACAGAGAGGAAGACUUGGGAUGGUGGAUAGUGGAGAACGGUCAAGGGAUGAAAGGAUUUGUACCAUCGACUUUCUUUGGUCUCUAUCCUCGGAGACAAAUAGUACUAUAAAAAGCAUAUGCACAUCAUACAACAAUAAUGAUAAUAAUAAUAAUAAUAAUAAUUUCUAGUUUAAUAUGUGUAUUUGAUGUCAUUGGU